UCUGCUCACUUGUGUGCCUUAUGGUUUUACAGGACUGCACCUAAAGGGAUUUGCUGCAGUAGAGGAUUCCUCACUCCAUCAGAUUCCGUUCGUAGCUUGCUUCUCCUUCCGCGGGUCCCAGCCUUCGGUAGCCACAGCGAACGGUAGGAACUCCAGGGAGACGAGCUUAGCAAAAAAACUGCGAGGAAGUUGCCGGCACGACUUAGAGGACUUGGAGCGUGUCGGGGAGCGUCGCUCUUCCUAUCCCGUAACGUGCUCUUCCCGUGCUGUGGAUUCGCGUCUUGUUGUGUCUUCGGGAUUUACGGCUUGUAACAACCCUUUCGCUUUCACGUCGCGUCGGGUUAGAACCAUAGCUUCGCUGCUGGCGUUAGCGGUUAGGUCUUGUCUGGAGUCGUUUUCACGAAAGGUCGCAGUUACCAUAUGUCCGUAACAUGACCGUACGAUACGUCAUCCAGAUCUUUCGCGUAUUAGACCUAGAUCAACAUCAGGAGCUCGUUAUGCGUAUGCCUGUAGCGAGUCAUUCUAACCGUGUCAUCUGAUAGCAUACGUAAGCUAACUAACCUAGGUAACAUCUCUACACCUUAGCUAGAGCUUUGUCUAAGCUUCACCGUACCUCAUAGUUUUACAUUACUGGUCUGCACAUGCUUUCGUCGGAGGAUCGGAAGAAUCUCAACCGUCGAUCUUGAACGCGACGGCGAACUCGCGUCUGAACCGCGGCCCUGGCGACGGCGGUAACCCGCAGGAUGAGCGCCAACGACUACCGUCCGCUUCUGCGAAACGGCGCGGGGGGGAAUGGCGACUCCCCAUUGGCUGCUGGCGGUGACGUGGAACUGGCUGCGGAUAAGAUCGACGCCGGGGUGAUGAUUUCCCCCGCGUCCCCCACGGCGCUGGUGUCCCCGCGGAGUUUCAGCGAGAGGGUUCCGCCGGAGUGGGCCGUGCUGCUGCUGGGGUGUGCUCUCGGCCUCGCGACUGGCGCUAGCGUCGUCCUCUUUAACUUGGCGGUUCACGGAAUACACAACCUCGCAUGGGCAGGCACACCAGCAGAAGGAGCAGCCUGGCUGCGCGUGCAACCCAUCACCACCACUUGGCACCGCAUCAUGCUCAUCCCCGUUAUGGGCGGAGUCGUUGUAGGCAUGCUGCACGCACUCGGCGGCAUCAUAGAACAGAGCCAAAGCUCAUCCCAAAACCAGGGCCAGAACCGGGGGUCAACCCUACGGCUGGAGCAGCAGAGGGGUAUAGACUGGGGAGCAGCUUUUACACCCGUAAUUCGGGCCAUUCAAGCAGCAGUAACCCUAGGCACGGGCUCUUCCCUGGGGCCUGAGGGUCCAAGUGUGGACAUUGGAAAAGCCUGGGCGGAUGGAAUGGCCGAGAUUCUUAUGAAUACUCACGAGAGGAAGACAGCUCUGGUGGCUGCUGGUGCUGCGGCGGGUAUUUCGUCUGGUUUCAAUGCGGCAGUAGCUGGGUGCUUCUUCGCCAUUGAGACGGUGCUCCAGUCAGUGGCUUCUGAAAACGCUCCCCCUCUCACCACUGCUAUGAUCAUCCUCGCUUCAGUGCUCUCCUCAACAGUGUCUAAUGUCGUUCUCGGUGAAGAGCCGGCGUUUACUGUACCCGAAUACGAGCUAAAAUCCGCAGCAGAGCUGCCGCUGUACCUGCUGCUGGGGAUGGUCUGCGGGGUUAUUUCAGUGAUAUUUACCCGAUUGAUUAAAUGGUCUACAGCCUUCUUUGACUUCCUCCGGGACCGCCUCGGCAUCCCGCCAGCUGUCACGCCGGCAUUGGGCGGCCUGUGCGUGGGGUUUAUUGCGCUACAGUACCCAGGUGUCUUAUACUGGGGUUUUAGUAACGUGAAUGAGAUUCUGCACUCGAGAGAGAGUGCAUCCGCCCCCGGUCCGAAGCUGAUGACUCAGCUUAUCGCAGCCAAGAUCGUUGCCACCGCACUCUGCAGAGGCUCAGGCCUGGUUGGGGGGAUCUACGCGCCGAGCCUGUUCAUAGGUUCGGCGGUAGGCUCAGUGUAUGGGUCGCUGGCUGGUGCGGCGAUACAGGCGGCUAUUCCUGGGAAGGCUGAGGUUGCUGCUCCACAGGCAUAUGCUCUGGUGGGCAUGGCGGCUAUGCUGGCGUCAGUGUGCUCUGUACCGCUCACAUCCGUGCUGCUGCUCUUCGAAUUGACCAAGGAUUACCGCAUCCUGCUGCCCCUCAUGGGCGCAGUGGGCCUGGCCUACUGGGUCUCAUCAGUGGCCAAUCGCAAGAAGGCCGUUCUUCCCCACUCCAAGCUCGCCCCCGGCUCAGCUGCAGCCUUUGCUGCUGGCAGCCACAGCGACUCUGCCCUCACACUCUACUCGCCCCUGGGCACAGCCAUCAACGGCCACUCCCCCCCCCUGCACAUAAACACUCAUCACAACUUGUCGCAUUUGCACGACCACUCGACGCAUUUCACCGGGCCUCCGCUGUCGCCCACGCAGUUGAGGGCUUCGUCGUCGAUCUCGUGGCACCGCGGGAGCAGCAGCACGGGGGGCAGUGGGGCGGAGGAUGUGGAGUUGUGUGCGGUUGAGGGGUUUGCUGGAGGGGUGGAGGCGGCUCUGAGCGUCGACAGACUGCUGGACGAACUCAAGGUUGCUGCUGCUAUGAGCACCACCUUCGUGUCAGUCAGAGCAGACGCCACAGUCAGGGAGGCAGUCCUAGCGCUACUAGAAGGCCGCUCCGACUGUGCGAUGGUGGUGGAUGCAGAGGGGCUGCUGGAAGGCACGCUCUCUCUGGCCGACGUGCACCGGGAGCUUCGCCGAUCCUCCAUCAUCAGCGCUGCAGGCACAGCCAGCCACCGAGGCUCGGCGAUCACCGGACCUGGAGGCUCGGCAGGGAGUGUGAGGGGGUCGCUUGCGGCUGGGAUGGCUGGUGGUUUGGGAGGAGCGGGAGGAGGGGGAGGAGGAGGGGGAGGGAGUCAUAGAGGGUCGGCAGUAUCUGUGGGGCUCAUGCCUGUGGGAGGGUUGGACCGGACGUUAUCGCACAGAGCGUCUGUUGCUGGCUCUGAGCUGGCUCCUGUGGGCCUGGAGGUGCAUGAGAUGCUGGUGGGAGCAGUGUGCACCGGCAAGACAGCACACGGAGACUCUGACCUCGUGGUGUGCUUCCCAGACCAGACGCUGCGUGCCGCCCGCCACCUAAUGCUGCCGAGGAACCUGGUGGUGCUGCCUGUGGUGUCGCGGUCCGGCAAGCGGUGGCAGGACCGAGGGCGGAAGCUGGUGGGCGUGCUGGAUGCAUCAGCCAUCCGAGCUACAUGCCAAGCUGAGGCGACGCGUCGAAUAUUGGGUGUACCGGAGGAACCACAAGAGGCUGCACAUGGUGCUGGCGGUCACUGAAGACAAUACGUACAAAAAUUUUGCAUUCGAGGGAGAAUUCUUUGUUGAUAGUGCCGUACGUCAGCUUCCUAAUGCCAGUUACAAAAUAGAGCCAUUUUCCUAGACGUUACGGACCUUAUUGCAUGUUCGCUUGUAUUGUCCUACCAUGUACAUUGCAUGUGAUACUAUAGCUACUCGUACCAGCCUCUGUCUAGUU